CCUAUCUGGGGCGUAACCUAACUGAACAAGCUUCUGCAGGAUGAAAAGAUGGCAGGGCGGUUGCUUGCACCACCAGGCCCUGACAGUUUUAGGCCUUUCACUCCGGAAUCUCUGGCUAACAUUGAGAAGCGCAUUGCAGAAGAUAAGAAGAAGCGUCCUAAGCAAGACAGCAGUCACAGAGAUGACGAUGAAGAUAAUAAACCAAAACCAAACAGUGACCUGGAGGCAGGGAAGAGUUUGCCUUUCAUCUACGGGGACAUCCCCAAAGGCCUGGUCGCUGUGCCACUGGAGGACUUUGACCCUUACUAUAUGACGCAGAAAACCUUUGUAGUACUAAACAGAGGCAAAACACUCUUCCGAUUUAGUGCCACGCCUGCCUUGUACAUUUUAAGUCCUUUUAAUCUGUUGAGGAGAAUAGCUAUUAAAAUUUUGAUACAUUCAGUAUUUAGCAUGAUCAUUAUGUGCACUAUUUUGACGAACUGUGUGUUCAUGACUUUUAGUAACCCACCAGAAUGGUCAAAACAGGUGGAGUACACAUUCACUGGUAUAUAUACAUUUGAAUCCCUUGUAAAAAUUAUUGCAAGAGGCUUCUGCAUAGAUGGUUUCACUUUUCUUCGUGACGCAUGGAACUGGCUAGACUUCAGUGUCAUCAUGAUGGCGUAUAUAACAGAGUUUGUAAACCUAGGCAAUGUUUCAGCUCUGCGCACCUUCAGGGUACUGAGAGCUUUGAAAACUAUUUCUGUAAUUCCAGGCCUGAAGACUAUUGUGGGAGCCCUGGUCCAGUCUGUGAAGAAACUCUCCGAUGUGAUGAUUUUGACUGUGUUUUGCCUCAGUGUAUUUGCUUUAAUUGGGCUACAGCUAUUCAUGGGGAAUCUAAGGAACAAAUGUGUCGUCUGGCCCAUCGAUCUCAAUGAGACCUACCUAGAAAAUGGCACCAAGGGAUUUGAUUGGGAAGAAUACAGCAACAAUAUGUCAAAUUUUUACACAAUACCUGGGUUUCUUGAUCCAUUGUUAUGUGGUAAUAGUUCUGAUGCAGGCCAGUGCCCAGAAGGAUACACGUGUAUGAAAGCAGGGAGGAAUCCAAACUACGGCUAUACCAGUUUUGAUACUUUUAGUUGGGCCUUCCUGGCCUUAUUUCGCCUCAUGACUCAGGACUUUUGGGAAAACUUGUAUCAGUUAACAUUGCGAGCAGCAGGAAAAACCUACAUGAUCUUUUUUGUCCUCGUUAUUUUUGUUGGAUCAUUCUACUUGGUGAACUUGAUUUUGGCUGUAGUGGCUAUGGCCUAUGAAGAACAAAACCAGGCUACAUUGGAAGAGGCAGAGCAGAAGGAAGCAGAAUUCAAGGCCAUGUUGGAACAACUGAAAAAGCAACAGGAGGAAGCCCAGGCUGCAGCCAUGGCUACCUCAGCAGGGACCGUGUCUGAUGAUGCUGCAGAAGAAGGUGGUGGGGGAAGGAUGUCUCACACUUCUUCUGAGUUCUCCAAGCUCAGCUCUAAGAGUGCCAAAGAGAGACGAAACAGAAGGAAAAAGCGGAAGGAAAAGGAGCUCUCGGAAGGAGAGGAGAAGGGAGAUCUUGAGAAAGUAUUUAAGUCAGAAUCAGAAGAUGGAAUGAGGAGGAAGGUCUUCCGCUUGCCAGACAACAGGCUAGGCCGGAAGCUCUCCAUUAUGAACCAGUCACUGCUUAGCAUUCCAGGAUCGCCAUAUCUCUCUCGACACAACAGCAAAAGCAGCAUUUUCAGCUUCAAGAGAGGGUUCCGGGAUCCUGGGUCAGAGAAUGAAUUUGCCGAUGAUGAGCACAGCACAGUGGAAGAGAGCGAGGGCAGGAGGGAUUCACUCUUCAUCCCAAUCCGAGGCUACGACAGGAAAAGCAGCUACAGCGGUUACAGUGGUUAUAGCCAAGGAAGCCGGUCAUCACGCAUUUUUCCCAGCAUCCGUCGGAACAUGAAGCGGAAUAGCACUGUGGACUGUAAUGGUGUCGUCUCCCUGAUUGGUGGCCCAACCUCCAACAUCCCCAGCGGGCGACUUUUGCCUGAGGUGAAAAUAGAUAAGGCAGCUACUGAUGACAGUGCAACCACAGAAGUAGAGAUUAAGAAGAAAUCCACUGGGUCACUUCUGGUGUCAAUGGACCAACUGAAUGCUUCAUAUGGAAGAAAAGAUCGAACCAAUAGUAUAAUGACAGUCAUAACAAAUACCCUUGUAGAAGAACUGGAAGAAUCCCAAAGAAAAUGUCCCCCUUGCUGGUACAAAUUUGCUAAUACCUUCCUCAUUUGGGAGUGCCACCCACACUGGGUGAAGUUAAAAGAGAUUGUCAACCUGAUUGUCAUGGAUCCUUUUGUGGAUUUAGCCAUUACUAUCUGUAUUGUUCUAAAUACUCUUUUCAUGGCAAUGGAACAUCAUCCCAUGACCCCAACGUUUGAGCAUGUCUUGGCUGUAGGAAAUCUGGUUUUUACUGGAAUUUUUACAGCUGAAAUGUUCCUGAAACUGAUAGCAAUGGAUCCAUACUACUAUUUUCAAGAAGGGUGGAACAUUUUUGAUGGAUUUAUUGUCUCACUCAGUUUACUAGAACUGAUGCUAGCAGAUGUGGAGGGGCUUUCUGUGCUGCGAUCUUUCCGAUUGCUGAGAGUCUUCAAACUGGCAAAAUCCUGGCCAACUUUGAACAUGCUGAUAAAAAUCAUUGGUAAUUCAGUGGGUGCCUUGGGGAACCUGACCUUGGUGCUGGCCAUCAUUGUUUUCAUAUUUGCUGUAGUGGGGAUGCAGCUUUUUGGCAAGAACUACAAGGAAUGUGUCUGCAAGAUCAACCCUGACUGUGAUCUUCCACGAUGGCAUAUGCAUGACUUCUUCCACUCUUUCCUUAUCGUCUUCCGUGUACUAUGUGGAGAAUGGAUUGAAACUAUGUGGGACUGUAUGGAAGUGGCAGGACAGGCAAUGUGCCUUAUUGUCUUCAUGAUGGUGAUGGUCAUUGGAAAUCUGGUGGUGCUGAAUCUGUUCUUGGCCUUGUUGCUGAGCUCUUUUAGUGCAGACAACCUUGCAGCCAGUGAUGAUGAUGGUGAAAUGAACAACUUGCAGAUCUCUGUCAUCCGCAUCAAAAAGGGCAUUGCUUGGAUAAAGAUUAAAGUGCAUGAAUUUGUACAGACGCACUUCAAGCAGAGGGAGGCAGAUGAAGUGAAGCCACUGGACGAGCUGUAUGACAAGAAGAUGAACUGCAUUGCUAACCAUACAGGGGCAGAUAUCAAUCGGGAGAUUGAUUAUCAGAAGAAUGGGAAUGGCACCACCAGUGGCAUUGGCAGCAGUGUAGAGAAGUACAUCAUUGAUGAAGACCACAUGUCAUUCAUCAACAACCCUCACCUCACUGUCCGUGUUCCCAUUGCUGUGGGUGAGUCUGACUUUGAGAACCUCAACACAGAAGAUUUCAGCAGUGACACGGACGCUGGCGGCAGCAAAGAGAAGCUGGAUGAUACAAGCUCAUCAGAGGGGAGCACCAUAGAUAUAAAGCCAGAGGUAGAAGAGGUACCUGUGGAAGCACCAGAAGAGUACUUGGAUCCUGAUGCAUGCUUUACUGAAGGCUGUGUGCAACGGUUCAAGAUCUGCCAAGUCAGCAUAGAAGAUGGACUGGGAAAGUCUUGGUGGAAUUUAAGAAAGACGUGUUUUCUCAUUGUGGAACAUAACUGGUUUGAAACCUUCAUUAUCUUCAUGAUCUUGCUCAGCAGUGGAGCUUUGGCCUUUGAGGAUAUUUAUAUAGAACAGAGAAAAACAAUACGCACCGUCCUGGAAUAUGCUGACAAAGUCUUCACCUACAUCUUUAUCCUUGAAAUGUUGUUGAAGUGGUGUGCCUAUGGAUUUGUGAAAUUCUUCACAAAUGCCUGGUGUUGGUUGGAUUUCCUCAUUGUAGCAGUCUCUUUAGUCAGCCUUAUAGCUAAUGCCCUGGGCUACUCGGAACUAGGUGCCAUUAAAUCCCUUAGGACACUCAGAGCCUUGAGGCCUUUAAGAGCGUUGUCCCGAUUUGAGGGGAUGAGGGUGGUUGUGAAUGCCUUGGUGGGUGCUAUACCAUCCAUUAUGAAUGUGCUGUUGGUCUGCCUUAUUUUCUGGCUGAUUUUCAGCAUUAUGGGGGUUAAUCUUUUUGCUGGGAAGUAUCAUUACUGCUUUAAUGAGACGGCUGAGUAUCGAUUUGAAAUAGAAGAGGUGAACAACAAGACAGAGUGUGAGAAGUUGAUGGAUCCCAAUGGAACAGAGAUUCGGUGGAAGAAUGUGAAGAUUAAUUUUGACAAUGUUGGUGCAGGGUAUCUGGCCCUCCUACAAAUUGCUACCUUCAAAGGCUGGAUGGAUAUAAUGUAUGCAGCAGUAGAUUCUAGAAAGCAAGAAGAGCAGCCCAAGUAUGAGGACAACAUCUACAUGUAUAUCUAUUUUGUCAUCUUCAUCAUCUUCGGAUCCUUCUUCACUUUGAAUCUCUUCAUUGGUGUUAUUAUUGACAACUUCAAUCAGCAAAAGAAAAAGUUUGGAGGUCAGGAUAUCUUUAUGACAGAAGAGCAGAAGAAAUACUACAAUGCCAUGAAAAAAUUAGGGUCCAAAAAACCUCAAAAACCAAUUCCCAGGCCUCUGAACAGAAUCCAAGGCGCUGUCUUCGACUUUGUCACCCAGCAAGCCUUCGAUAUAGUAAUAAUGCUACUCAUCUGUCUCAACAUGGUGACUAUGAUGGUUGAAACCGACACACAAAGCAAACAGAUGGAGGAGAUCCUCUACUGGAUCAAUUUUGUCUUUGUUAUCUUUUUCACUUGCGAGUGUGUGUUGAAAAUGUUUGCCUUACGUCACUAUUAUUUCACUAUUGGAUGGAAUAUUUUUGAUUUUGUGGUUGUAAUACUCUCUGUUGUAGGUAUGUUUUUGGCAGAAAUCAUAGAGAAAUAUUUUGUGUCACCAACUCUGUUCAGAGUCAUCCGCCUGGCCCGUAUUGGUCGAAUCCUGCGCCUGAUCAAAGGAGCUAAAGGGAUCCGCACCUUGCUUUUUGCCUUAAUGAUGUCUUUGCCUGCCUUGUUCAACAUUGGCCUCCUGCUCUUUUUAGUGAUGUUCAUCUUUUCCAUCUUUGGGAUGUCAAACUUCGCUUAUGUCAAGCAUGAGGCUGGUAUUGAUGACAUGUUCAACUUUGAGACUUUUGGCAACAGCAUGAUAUGCUUAUUCCAGGUCACUACCUCAGCUGGAUGGGAUGGGUUGCUCUUACCCAUCCUCAACCGUCCUCCAGACUGUGAUUUGGAAAAGGAACAUCCUGGGAGUGGCUUCAAAGGUGACUGUGGGAAUCCUUCCGUUGGGAUCUUUUUCUUUGUUAGCUAUAUCAUCAUCUCCUUUCUGAUUGUGGUCAACAUGUACAUUGCCAUCAUUCUAGAGAACUUCAGUGUGGCUACAGAGGAAAGUGCUGAUCCACUGAGUGAAGAUGACUUUGAAACCUUCUAUGAGAUCUGGGAGAAGUUUGACCCCGACGCUACCCAGUUCAUUGAAUACUGCAAGUUGGCAGACUUCGCAGAUGCUUUGGAGCACCCUCUUCGUGUUCCUAAGCCCAAUACCAUUGAGCUCAUUGCCAUGGAUUUGCCAAUGGUCAGUGGGGACAGAAUCCAUUGUCUGGACAUCCUCUUUGCCUUUACCAAACGUGUACUGGGUGACAGUGGUGAACUAGACAUCUUGAGGCAACAGAUGGAAGAGAGAUUUGUGGCUUCUAAUCCUUCCAAAGUGUCUUAUGAGCCCAUCACAACCACAUUACGGCGUAAACAGGAGGAGGUCUCCGCAGUGGUGAUCCAGAGGGCUUACAGGGUCCGUUUAGCAAGGAGGGGAUUUAUCUGCCGGAAAAAUGUCUCCAAUGCAAUAGAAAAUGGAGGGACAAAUAGGGAGAAAAAAGAAGGCACUCCAUCCACGGCUUCCCUCCCAUCUUAUGACAGCGUAACUAAGCCUGAAAAAGAGAAACAGCGAGCCGAAGAAGGGAGACGCGAAAGGGCAAAAAGGCAAAAAGAUGCCAGGGAAUCAAAAUGCUGAGAUGAUUCUAUAAUAAUAAUAAUAAUAUUAACUGUAGAAAACUCGUGAGCAGAAAAGAUUGUUUACAAACUUCCUGAUAAAAUAUAUAUCAAUAGCGAACAGCUGUGGAGAAACUUUAAAGAUCUUAUACCAAACAUAGUCUGCUUACUGUGUGACCAUGUUGCAUCUCAAAGCAGUGAUCCACCACCUGUUUAAUGGACCCAUCUAGACCAAUAUAUUAAAAGAAACAGGAAACAAUGCAAAGGAGAACAAGGAUUUUAUACAAUCUGGGCAGGUGGAUACUGCGUGUUCCACAUCAGUCAAUGCAACUUAGGACAAAAAAGCAAAAUAAAACACACACACACAAACAAGGGGGGAAAAAACUGCUGCUUGAGGAUUCAUAUUUUUUUCCAAAGCAGCAAAAAGUGAUUUUAUUUUAUUUAUUUAUUUAUUUAUUUCAUUUUAUUGAAAGGAAAUCUGAAAAAAUGUCACUUAAAGGGUUGUUUAGUUCAUGCAAAACUAGAUUUUCAUACUUGACAUUUAGUUUAAGCAGCAAAAAACAAAAACAAAAAAGGAGGGGAAAAAACCAAGUAGAGCAUCAACAAAAAGCUGAAAUGACACGUAUUUAGCCCAUAUCAUUUAAUCAUCAUCGUUUCUUUAGUACUUAUUAUCUGCAUACUUUUUAUUCUAUGGGCUUCACCAUGGUUUGUGAGAGAUGGGGGUAAUCAGGUAUUUUCAGUUUGCCAAACUCGCUCAGGCUGAUUCCAAAAAUAAAUUAAAUAAAAUUGUGCUUGUUUCAAUGCAUAGAAAUGAUUUGCAUGAUGGCAUGCUGUGAUCAGGAAUCAUGCAUGAGGAAUCAUAAAACCACAAGACACCGAAUAUGCUGUCCGGGCCGUGUGUUAAGCCAUAUGUUUGAGGCACUCCACUGACUACAGCACACUGUAUUUGGAGAGUUACUCUUAGCUAUGAUUAUGCUCUUCACCUCGUUUCCAAGUGUUAAUCUUUCCAUGCACCCUCCCACAAGAGGAGGAAAGUGAAACUAAUCAAAGAGUUUAUGUGUAUUUUUAAUAAGCUUCAUGCAGUCAACUUCUUUUCCACUUUUUAAAAGUAACUCCCCAAAUCAACACCAAAAUGCUGCUCUAGCACCCUUCCAAUUCAGGAAGUGGUUGUAAUAUGAUCUCAAUAUCUGGAACAUUAGGGCUUCAAGAAAACUCACCAAGUAGUUCUGUAUCCUGCAAUAUUUACAGUUCAGUAUCCAUUCUGCCAUAUUCACUUUUUUUCUGUUAGAAAUAAGCACUGUAGAAAACAACAUAUUAUCUCUCAAAGACACAUUUUGGCAGUUAUAUAAAGCUAUCCUAUUGCAGGCAGGCUUAUGACAGAGGAGUUUACAGCAUUGUGUGUGCUACUUUUACUGGCAAAACGUUGCGGUUUUUUUUGGAGUGCUGUGAUGUGAGAAAUGUACUCGGCACAAGUGGAUUUGUUCUUUCACUGAACGUUUUCUGCAGCUACAUGGUUUUAUCCAAUUCUCUAAGCUGCAUUUUUCCCCUAAGGAAAACAAACCAAAAAUAUUUUAAAUAAUUAUGAAAAUAGUUUAAAUAUCUAUGAAUAUACAACAUCCUACUUUUGGUAAGCAAAGUAGCAUUGUAACAUGGAUACAGCACUGAGAGGAAAAGUGUCAUACUUGACAUGUGCCUUCACCAGUUCCAUAUUUCAUCCCAUAUUGUUGUAUGGUGGUAAUUUUAAUGGUCCUGUAUAUUCAGGGAGGGAUGAAGAGCUACCUCUCAACUAGUCUUAACUCUAACACGAUGAGCAUUCUAAAUGGAGGGGAACUAACAUUUAUGUUUCUAAGAACUACUUUGGCAUGUUUCAUUCUUUUUUUUAAUGUCCAUUAUGUCCCCUUUUAAUAAAUCGAUCCUCAUAAUAAUUCAUCUUCUAAGGGCACAGAUUUAUGGAAUUGUUCUUGGGUCAUUGUCGGCAUUGCACUACAGUCAAGAUUGUUCAAUCAUACAGCUUUUUAAAAAAGAAGUUUGCAGAAGACUGUAAAGAAAUAUGUUGAAUUUCUGCAACAUGGUGAAAGACGCUGUUUGAAUGUGGACCAAAACCAUUUUAUCUAUAAAAGGGCAAAAAAUAUUUUUAAAAAACAAGAUUUAAAAUAUUCCAAAAUCAAAAGAAAGCUAAGAAAGUUAGCAAUGCCUUUUAGUUUAGUGGCAGAUGCUUGACAUUUAGAAUUUUGCAACUUAGAUGCCUAUUACAAGGUUAAUCAGAAAGUAAGCCAUUUGAUAGAUAUCUGUGCCAAGUUGAGCUUUUUAAAACUGCAUAAUCUAGCUACCACGACAUCUGUGGAAUAAUUCUGCUGCACCAAAUACCACGAGGAGCAAACCAUUUCUUUCUUGUUAGGUUUUAUCCCAGCUACUCAUAAAAUAUGUAUGAUAAAAUUACAUGCAUUUGUACAGGCAACAUUGUAAACAGCACAACAACAAGAGCUGAAAAGUGUGACUGAACUUUUUAAGACAAUAAUAUAAAUACUGUAAUAUAUCAUUUUAUUUUACUGGCAUGCCUUUUUGUACAUGACAAAGGACUACAAAAAAUUAAAUAGAGUGGCUUCUGGCUUAUGCCACUGUCCAUAUUUAAUUUUCUAUCUCUCUAAAAAUAUUUUUUUUCUUUUCCACUUUUCAGAUGAUGUCAAUUUAAGUACAUCCCUUCAGAGGAAAAAUAUCCUCUCAAAAGCUUUAUUGCAAAAAUGUAUUUACAACAAAACUACUUAGAUUGUAUUUUGGUUCUGAGGUGCAAUACAUUUUGACCACUCUAUGCAAGAUUUGGCUAAAUGUCAUAUUUAUUCUUCAGCUGGACUACUGUUCCAUAUGAAAAGCUUGGCACAUAUAGUGUUUGUGCUAUCAAAUUUUAUUCAGCAAAUUUUAGUAAAAAUGCCCGCAAUCUAUAUUUAUAUUUGCUUAUUAUUUAAGAAUACUUGAAAUUUCUUAUAUUACUCGAGCUUUGCUAAGAAAAAAACUGUUAAGAAAAAGCUUCAAAACUGUGAACUAUGUCCUAACUAAAAUUAACAUUUUUUCUAAUUUCUGCACAAUGUUUCUUCAAAUUUCUUUCAUUUUAGAUUUCUUUAACCAGUUAUCCCAAUUAAUCAGACCUCACUGAGAUUACGAGCCACACACUGGUAUUUUAACAGCAUUACAUUUUGGAAAUCUUAUUUAAAAAUGAAUCCUCCUAUAAUGGUCUAUUGAGAUAUAUGAACAUUAUAUAAAGAUAUACCUGAACUUUUUUUUAAAAGAGAUAAAAGAGAAAAGAACUUAUUAUUUCAACAAAAACAGCUAGUGCUUUUUAGAAAAACAUGGUCCAAACUAGGAAUCAGUCAAAUAAAUCUCAAACUUAUUAAGAAACAUUUGAAAAUGUAAAUUUAAUUUUAAUAACAUUGGUUUUUAAAUCCCAUUGUUUCACUCCAUCUACCUCCCCCAUAACCAGAAAUGGUCAAAACAGUUUUGGUAAAACUUAAUUUUAAUAAAAAAGAACAUUACAUUUAGUGCAUUUCUUUAUAAAUUCCUUUCCUUUUUUAAAAUUCAAAUAAUAAGAAUAGCCUCUUUAAGGGGUUAUCUUCCUAGCGAAUGAAUGAUAUAUGGAAAAGGACUGAAAACAACAUAUAUGGGGGAUAUCCAAUGCAAACUGAAAUGAAUGAGCAUUCAUGUUUAAAUAAUUUAACAUCCCUUUGAUAGCUUUAAUUACUGUCAAUGACCAGUACAAUAAAAGAGGCCAAAUACAAUAGGCAUAAUGCCAAAACUAGAAAAAGGAAAAUCUGAAUAAAAUGCAAUAAAAUAUUAAGAUAGUAAGAUAACAUAGAAAUGGAAUGAAACUGGAAUACAAUAGAUUAAAAGAAGGGGAGAAAACUCUUCAUAAUGCCAUAACUCCAAGAUUAGACAAUUCUAUGUCUUCUUAUGGGAAUCAUUGUAGAUAGAAACGUAGCAUCUUUACUUAUGGUGGUGGUAAGGCUGACAUGAACAGGAAACAAGUUAUCAUUUGACAUAAAUCUUAUGACCAUUUUUCAACUUCUACUGCAGAAGAGGUAAAGAUAUGGCUAAAAAGUUGCAAUAUGCUUCCCAUGUAGGGUAAAUCUAGGGAGACAACCUAUUUUUUUUCAACUUUAUCGUUCUGAUAAUGUUCUUUAGAAUAAAGAAUCCUAUAUCUAAAAUAUUCAAAAAGUAUUUUAGGAGAUUCAUGGUAGUUUAAAAAUGAUGAAUGUUUAGAUUGUUUAUGUGAUAACACUGACAGUUCGGUAAAACUGGAUAAUCCUCAGCUAACUGUGAUAUGGAUAAAUUAUCAAUCAAACCAAACAAUGCAAAAGUAAAACAGUUUUUUGUACAAAGGAAAGAGAAUUCUCAAAUAUAAAAUAUCUGAUGGGUGAGGGGGCUGAACAACAGUCUAAUGUGCUCCCAUAGUGUUCAGUCGAUUUUGUUCAAGAAUAAUGGACUUUUGAUAUUUGAGUAUUGAAGGGGAAGAUGCAAUAAUAAACUGAAUCCACAUAUCAUUUGCCUAGAAUGACAAUUAAAUGUGCCUACUCUUACUUACAGGCUUCUUUGGUAAGUGGCACAGCUGGCAAACCCUCUAUUUUUGGUAGCUAAGAAUUGGACACAUUGUUAAGACUACACAGCCAGAAAAACAGCUCAUAGCCAAGUCCUCUGGUUACUAGACAUCAGUAAAAGAAAUAACUCCCUUGCAAAUAAUUGUACCACUCAUCACAUAGCAAUUUCCCAAUGAAUCAGUAGCUUAGAUAGCAAAAAAAAAAAGAGGGGGGGAUAUUCUCCUAUCUAUGAGAAAUUACAUUGAAAUGUGUUUAAUUUACAGUACUGCUCUUUUUUUAUAUUUUGUUUCAUAAAAUAAUGCAGCCUAUCUCAUCUUGCACUUGGUCUUCUUUUUGAACCUUCUGAUAAAGAGUAAACAGAAAGAAAAAGAAUCAUACACUGAAUUAAUCCUGAGACAGUUGUUGCAGUUUCCACAAAUCUAUCUGGGUUUUUAAUUUGUUUCAAGUAUUAUUACAAGAGCAGGUAACCAACCAGUGGAGAACAUCUGAACAUUAUCAUUGUUGGGAAAGGUCCAUAGUCAUGCAUAUGAGUUGUAUUUAGGUAGAUGGUCUUCAGUUAAAGAGGAUGUAUAGGAGAUGCCUGAGACCUUGGGAAAGAUGCUGCCACCCAACUGAACAAUAAUAACUUAGAUGGAUCAAUUAGGAUCUUCCUAAUUAUUUCCUGGUUUAGAAAGUUAUUCCAAUUGUUAACUAACAAAGCACCACAUAUUUGGAAAGCUAUGUAGUCCCAUACUCCAAAAAGCCCCAAAUAAACAUUCCUGUUUUCAUUUUACCAAGAUAACGGUUUGAUCUUUUGGGUAGUUCACUUUAUAAGGUUAAAAAAAGUUAUUUGAUGGUAACUGUAAAAAUAAUAAAUAAUAAUGUAGGAGUAGAUGUUAGGAAUAAGCCAGUAAGACUAAGAAUUUAUACUGAGUUCUCUUUUUUUUUUCAGUGGAUAUUAUGGGCAUUUAGAAAUGGCCAGUUUCAGAUUGAGUAUAGUUUUGGACUAUUAACACUUUGAUGAAAAACUGAUGGGAACUAUUGCUAAGUUAAUAUUGUUAAAUUAAUAUUAUCCUAGAAACAUUUAUGGGUUUGAUGCUUCAAAAUCCAAGAGAGGGAAAAACAAGGACCAGACAGAUUGGGACAAAUUGGAAAGCAAAGGACCGAGCAUUGUUACUCAGCUACAUUAUUCCCUGUCAUACAGGGUACAUUCAGGUAUAAUGAACUGGGCCAGACUUGGUCCAGUGAGAAUAUUUCCUUGGGCUGAGUUUUGGAUGUAUAUAAUAUUGUCUCUUGGCAACCAGUAUUUGGCAACAGAGUAAACAGAUAGAUAUAUCAGGAAAAUGCAGCCUCCUAUAUGCAACUUACGUUAUGCCACAUUAUGUUUCAUGGUACAAGGUGUUUCAAUGUGUACAUAACUCCUUUUGGAAAAAAAAGUGAUAUACAUGAUUCCUGGGUUUGUAUAUAUUUUCUCUUCAAAUGCUUUGGUGUUUAUGAGGCUUUGAAGCAUUCCCCAUAAUCAGUAACAGGAAGCGGGUGGGGACUGUUAACAAUAAAGUCCACAGUCACCUCUUGUGGUGGGUGGGAAUGAAGAGAAUUGGUUCAAGCUGUUUUUUGUUUAGAAGGUUAUUAAGAGAAAGGGCUUAAACACUACGUUGACAAAGAUGAUAAUAACAUUAGCUUGAAGGACUAUCUGGUCUCAUGACAUUAAGAACCUCAGCCUCAUGCACUAGUGUGUAAAUGCCCUUAUCUGCUAAGACAGGUAAGCUCUUGAGAAAAGCUAGUGGGUUUUUUUGAAGCAUAAAAAUCACUUUCACAUACAGAAGGUCCUCAGGUGGAUGCUGCAUUUACCUUGGCACAGGAAAUGGGUAGUUUUGCAGUAUGUUUCAUUCUUUUUUUCCUCUUACCUAACCUUUGUGCACUAGUAACACUCUCUCCAGAAACAGUUGUGUGCUGGGGUGUUGGCUGUGUGAUUGUCAGUGGACACCCAGACCUUGGCUUGUGCAGUUCUGUAACCAUCCAGUGCGCCAAUGUCUUAUUCUUAAGUUGUUUGUUCCAAUCAACUUUUUCUUUAAAGCUUUCUGUUUGAAGGGCUGAGAUGAGACAUCCUUGCUUUAUCCACUUGCUUUGCUAGGAGUUAAGAGCAAAAGAAGACCAGGUGUUAUGUUUCUAAUAAGUCUGCCAAGGGAGGCAGUUCAUGGUCCACUUGCUCUCUUUGAACACUUGUAAUAUGUGGCCAGAAAAGAAAAAUUCUUCCGAGCUACUUCUCCCAUGUGGAGAUGAUCUCUGUCAACAGACAAAUGUAUGCUGUGUUGCUACAGUGCCUAUUUUGUCAUCAAUACUUCAAUUGGGAAUCAAACUAUGAUUGGGAAGAAUUGUAUGAGACUUACGUAAGUUGUCCUUCUGAGAGGAAUACAGCCAACAACUUUUUCUGCAUAUUUACUUUUGUGCCUCUGUUUGUGAUAUUGCUGAGAACUGACACUUGCCUGUUUUGUAUGAAUGUGGCACACAUGUCUGCAGAUCUCAUUCUCCCUUUCAUACUAUGAAUUUUUUUUAAUGUCCUAGUCUUCUUUCCAGAGCUCACCAUAUUAGCUACAAUAAGAAUGUUACAGUCACAGAACACAAGGAUUGUGUUUGUGAAAGGAGCACUGAGUAGAUGUUUUGUCCACCCCCUUUACAAAGAAUCAGUACAUGUUGGACUUUGCAGGAGAUGCACUAAUAGCAAACUAAGCAUUCACUGUUUUAAAGUUCACCAGGAUUAUUGUGAUCCCCAAUGAGAAGAAAAGCAUAUGUGGAAUCCUUUUAAAAGGGCAGUUAAUGGCAACAGUUCACUCAGCCAUUCUCCAGAAUGCAAAGUAUUAUUUUUAAAGUUUCUAUUUACCAGUGAAAAAGAGAGAUUUCCAAUUUAACUCUGGUCUUAAACUAGAUUGGAACAUUUUGAUGGAGAGAAAUUCAAGACAACAUUCAUACGGAUUUCAGUGUCUACUAGAAUUGUGUC